CUGGCGCCCCCCAGCCCUGGCUCCACGGCCGCAUUGCCCCGGGCGUCCACGCCCUGCGGGCUCAGCGGAUUCAGCGGGCUUAAUCUGCGCAGCACCUCCUCCAUGUUGACCAAGCCUCUGCAGGGGCUCCCUGCGCCCCUCGUGACCCCCACGCAACCACCAGGAGGCAAGGAUCGGGCAGCCUUCGAGGCCGAAUACCGACUUGGCCCCCUCCUGGGUAAGGGGGGCUUUGGCACCGUCUUCGCGGGACACCGCGUCACAGAUAGACGCCAGGUGGCCAUCAAAGUAAUCUCCCGAAAUCGUGUGCUGGGCUGGUUCACCUUGUCAGACUCAGUCACAUGCCCACUUGAAGUGGCACUGCUCUGGAAAGUGGGUGAAGGCAAUGGGCAUCCUGGUGUGAUCUGUCUGCUUGACUGGUUUGAAACACCAGAAGGCUUCAUGCUGGUCCUAGAGCGACCCAUGCCUGCCCAGGAUCUUUUCGACUACAUCACUGAGAAGGGCCCAUUGGGUGAAAGCCGCAGCCGCAGCUUCUUCACCCAGGUGGUGGCAGCUGUUCAGCACUGCCAUGCGCGUGGAGUUGUCCAUCGUGAUAUCAAGGAUGAGAACAUCCUGAUAGACCUGUGUCGAGGCUGUAUAAAACUCAUCGAUUUUGGUUCUGGUGCCCUGCUUCAUGAUGAACCUUACACGGACUUUGAUGAUUGCUGUGCCCUAAUCCGCCGGUGCCUGGCUCCUAAACCUUGUUCCCGACCCACACUGGAGGAGAUUCUGCUGGACCCCUGGAUGCAAACACCAGCAGACAAAGCACCCAUCAGCCCCUCCAAAGGAAGUCCCACCCCUUUGUCCUGGUCCCUGCUUCCCUAGGCCCAGCCAGGAUCUCACUACUUGGAAUCCCAUGG